CGCGCCGGCCUAGCCCGGCCAGGCCCGGCGGGCGGCGCGUUGACCUUGCGGGCGGUCAAACCGGCCACCCGUUUUUCCCUGGCGGUGGCGCUCGGGAGUCUGGGUGGGGGCCUCGGAGCCAGGGGCCACGGACUGCAUCACGGUAGAGAGAUUCGCGAGCCUCAGGCGAGGGACGCAACCUCCAGCUCCGCGGAGACCGAGGGUGGCCACGUCCAGGGACAUCUCCGGUUCAUUCAUUGGGUUCCUACUGUGUGCUCUUAUACGGCGCUCAGCCAGCCCAACUGAUGUGGAGUGCUGUGCGCGGCCCUGCUAGGCUUCUUUGUGGAUGGCCGGGGCGAGGUAGGGUAGUACUGUGGGUCUGCAGGAGACAGGAGGCAGUUAGGACAGAGUCGACUAUUACACCCAGACAGUCCACUCAGGAGAGGAGAUCCAGACCUCCCAAUGCCUUUACUUUUGUCCCAAGAACGACGUCAAGCCCGUGAGUUUAAGGUCCUCUUCACUAUGGCCCGGCGUGCACGGAGUAGCAGGGCAUGGCACUUUGUCCUGAGUGCAGCACGCCGAGAUACAGAUGCUCGAGCUGUGGCUCUGGCAGGCAACUCUAACUGGGGCUACGACUCUGAUGGGCAGCACAGCGACUCCGACUCUGACCCUGAGUACUCUUCCCUGCCACCAUCCAUCCCCAGUGCUGUGCCUGUGACAGGAGAGUCCUUCUGUGACUGUGAGGGCCAGAAUGAGGCUACCUUCUGCAACAGUUUACACACAGCACACCGUGGCAAGGACUGCCGUUGUGGUGAGGAGGAUGAGGGUGAGUGUCUUGCCGUAGGGACGUGUGCAGGGCUGGGCAGGUUCUCUGGGUUGGAAGGCUCCACUUUGCUCUGCCCCUCCCUAGUCUGGGCCUUCUAUCCUACAGAUUUUGAUUGGGUAUGGGAUGACCUGAACAAGUCCUCAGCCACCUUGCUGAGCUGUGAUAAUCGAAAGGUUAGCUUUCACAUGGAGUACAGCUGUGGCACAGCAGCCAUUCGGGGCACCAAGGAGCUAGGGGAUGGCCAACACUUCUGGGAAAUCAAGAUGACCUCUCCGGUGUAUGGCACUGAUAUGAUGGUGGGCAUCGGGACAUCAGACGUAGACCUGGACAAGUACCACCACACGUUCUGCAGCCUGCUGGGCAGGGAUGAAGACAGCUGGGGGCUCUCCUACACGGGUAGGUGUUGCCUGGGCUAUGGGUGGGGCUGGCAGUGCCACAGACCUCCCAGGCUCACACCUCUGCUCCUUACAGGGCUCCUCCACCACAAAGGCGACAAGACGAGCUUCUCUUCACGCUUCGGCCAGGGCUCUAUCAUUGGCGUACACUUGGACACCUGGCAUGGGACACUGACUUUUUUCAAGAAUAGGAAGUGCAUAGGAGUGGCUGCCACUCGGCUUCAGAACAGAAGGUUCUACCCGAUGGUCUGCUCGACCGCCGCCAAGAGCAGCAUGAAGGUCAUUCGCUCCUGUGCCAGCUCCACAUCCCUGCAGUACCUGUGCUGCUACCGCCUGCGCCAGUUGCGGCCAGACUCAGGGGACACCCUCGAGGGCCUGCCCUUGCCACCCGGCCUCAAGCAGGUGCUGCAUAACAAGCUGGGCUGGGUCCUGAGCAUGAACUGCAGCCACUGGACAUCCCCUGCACCCCCUCCGGGCACAGCUGCCCCAGCCGCUGAGAGAGAUUCCCGGGAGACCAGGCCCUGUCAGAGGAAGCGCUGCCGAAGAAGCUGACUUCUCCCCGGGAAUGCAGACACCUUUCUUUCUUGCCCUUCCAGGGCAGCAGGAGAGGGGAGAACGGAGGUCUAGGCUUUUCCCUGUCUCCCCGAGGCCAGGACAGUCUUCUCUGUUGGCCAUGGAGUGUGACAGCUGUUCUACCGCCUGUGCUGGUAGGGAAACAGCACUCCUUCCUGUUUGUCCUUUGAGUUGCCAUGUAUCCUGGGAGCUGCAGCCAGGCGUCUGGACCUAGAUUCCAAGCCUGGGAGGCUGGCUGACGAAGUGGAGUGCAUUCAUAUCCCAGGGAAGAGAUGGGCUGUCCCGACCCACAGGUCUGUGGGGUUUUCCUGACUUGCAUUGCAUGUUGUCAGCGCCUGCUCCUGUCACAGAGAUGUCAGUGGGUGCCCUGGGAAGGGAUUCUGUCUCGUCCCCAUAGGUUCUAUCAUUAAAAGCGUCCUCACAAAUGCC